AUGGCGACGGUACCUGUGCUUUGUUCUGGCCGGUGCAAAUACAGACAGAAGCGUGCAGCUGGACUACAAAUGGUGUGUGUUUAUGUGCAGUUAAUUACAGAGAUGGGGACAAUACAUAUAUAUAGCUAUUGCAAUGGAUUGAUGAGAAUUGGUCAAACGAAUGGAGAAUUGACAAAUCGCCGGAUAGAUAAUGUACAGCUGAUUAAUGGUAUUGUCUUGGGUAUAGAGACAUGGAAUAAUAGGAUCGUAAAUGUCAGCCUAAAUACUAACCACAGUGGCUCCACGUUAGAGGAUGGGGAGGGACUCUGUAUGUUCUCACCUGGCUCAUACAAACACAGAGAUGGAACUGAAGAGACAGAUAGUGACGGUUUCGUGUCAAGUUGGAGAUAUAAUUAUACUUCCUACUUGAGUAUAGAGGAAUAUUAUAGCAGAGAAUAUAAUGUACACUGGGGAUAUAUACGAUGUUUUGCGGAGAAAAUCUGCAAGGUUAACCACUCUGGAGAUGGGGAAUGGUCUGGAUCACUACUUCCGGCUUUUUCUGUGACAAGUGUAGAAGCCCGCAUGGAAAUCAGAUAA